AUGCCAGAAUUUCCAUCACCAUAUGAAAAAGUGCUUCCACAUAAUAUUAAACUGGAUAAAACACCUGAAUAUCAUGAAAAAGAUGAUAGUUAUGAUCGAGUACUUGGUUCUCUUGUAGGUCUUGCUAUAGGUGAUGCUCUUGGAGCUAGUGUAGAAUUUCGUCCUCAACAAUAUCUUGCUGCUAAUCCAGUUCGUAAAAUGGAAGGUGGAGGUACAUGGGGUCUUGAAGCAGGUAAAUGGACAGAUGAUACAUCAAUGGCUUUAUGUCUUGCUUCAUCAUUAAUAAGUCAAUAUUGUUUUAAUCCUUAUGAUCAAAUGGUUCGUUAUAAAUGGUGGCAUAAAUAUGGAUAUUUUUCAUCAACAGGACAUUGUUUUGAUAUUGGACAAGCAACUCGUCAAUCUAUAAAUGAAUUUUCUGAUCGACAAAAAAUUCUUAAAAUAUAUUAUCGUUGUCGAAAUGAAUAUGAAGUUGAUAGAUUAGCAUUAGAUUCUGUUGAACGUAUUAAACAUUUUAAUUUAGAUUGUGGUGAUAAAGAUUCAGCUGGAAAUGGAGCACUUAUGCGUCUUGCUCCUGUACCAUUAUAUUAUUAUCGAACACCUGAAAAAGCAAUUGAAUAUGCUGCUCGUAGUGCUUAUCUUACUCAUGCAAAUAAAAAAGCAAUUGAUGCAUGUCGUUAUUAUGCAGCACUUAUUAUAGCUGCUCUUAUUCAAUAUACCAAACAAGAAAUACUUGAUAAUGAUUUUUAUUCAAAACAUCGAUCAUGGUUUGGUGAUAUAUCUUUACAUGAUGAUAUUUUACAAAUAAGUCGAGGUUCAUAUAAAAAAGGUGGAUAUGAACAAGGUAUUAGAGGAAAAGGUUAUAUUGUUAAUGCUAUUGAAGCUGCUUUGUGGGCUUUUUGGUCUGAUAAUGAUUCAUUUGAAAAAGGUGCUCUUGCUGCUGUUAAUCUUGGUGAUGAUACAGAUACAACAGCUGCUAUUUAUUGUCAAUUAGCUGGAGCCUACUAUGGAUAUAAACGAAUUCCAAAAGAUUGGUUAGAAAAACUUUAUGCUCGUGAUUUGAUCAUCUCUAUGGGAGAAUGGAUUCAUUUUGAAGGAAGUCAAAUUAUAUUGAAACAUUCCAAAGAUGAACAUAUAUCACCAACAAUGACAUCAAUCGAUUAUAAUCAAUCUAUAGAACAAAAACAUCAACAAAAUCCAUAUGUAUCAACAACAUCUUCACCAAAUCAUUUAAAAGACUCGACAAUUAAUGAUAAAAUAAAUAAUCGCAAGAGAAAUAAUUCAAAUCAAUUAAUUAAUUCUGAUUGUUCUUUCUCAUUAGAAUCAUCUACAAAUACUUCGAACAGUUUAAUGACACCUUCUAAUCAGGUUCAUAUUGGAUUUUCAAGUUUGAAUUCAUUUACUAAAAAUAGUCAACAUGAUGAUAUAACAAAAAAAGCUCAUGAAUAUCCAUUUUAUCGUAAUACAAGAUAUACAGAUGAUCAAUAA